UUAAAUGACUGAAAUGUUGCGCAUGCGUACAGCGCGUGAGAAGUGAAGACAACUCGAAAUCUGAGAGCUUAAUGACUCCUGCUCUGUUUUUUCAGUCUAUGCGGAUGUUCAGCUUUAUUCAGUGAAAAAAAUAUUUUGCAUAUUAAAGAUUAUUGAGACCUGGUACAUCAGGUAGAACUUUAGAGAAACUGGAAUUUGCUACAGAGAUAUCUCUGUCCCGUCGCUGACACGGUAUUGCUACUGUCCAUUUGGACUACUCUGUGCAAAAGUCAGCAAAUUUGGAUUUUAAUGCUGCUCUGAAGAUCCUAUGCAACUCUCAAAUUAUGUUAAACCCAUAAGUAACACAGGUCUCCUAAAGGUGCAAUCACGGGAAAAGCUUUAAGAUGUCUAUCACCAAUACACCGACCAGCAAUGAUGCCUGUCUGAGCAUCGUGCAUAGCCUAAUGUGCCACAGACAGGGGGGUGAGAGUGAGACAUUUUCCAAACGUGCCAUCGAGAGCUUGGUGAAAAAGCUGAAGGAGAAAAAAGACGAGCUUGACUCACUCAUUACGGCUAUUACCACCAACGGUGCCCAUCCCAGCAAGUGUGUGACUAUUCAGAGGACACUUGAUGGAAGACUGCAGGUGGCAGGACGUAAAGGGUUCCCUCAUGUCAUCUACGCUCGGCUGUGGCGGUGGCCUGACCUUCAUAAAAAUGAGCUCAAACAUGUCAAAUACUGCCAGUUUGCUUUUGACCUCAAGUGUGACAGUGUGUGUGUCAACCCCUAUCACUAUGAGAGGGUGGUGUCUCCCAGCAUAGACUUAUCAGGUCUGACCCUCACCACUCCUCACUCCGGCUCAGGCCUUGUUGUUAAAGAUGAGUAUGAUUUUGAUGGACCACAGAACGUUCCUUCCAUGGACGGAGGACACUCCAUCCAAACUAUCCAGCAUCCUCCGUCCAGCAGCCGAGGAGCGCCUGCAGAAUCAUUUGCAGUUCCAAACCUGCUUUCACCUGCUGAGACCUCCACCUCAUCCUCGACGUCAUCCUUCCCUGCCAUCGCUGCUGGAUCGAGCAGUGCCUCCUCCUCCUGGUCAAGGAACAGCACCUUCCCCUCUAACAUAUCGCACCACAGCAACGGUCACCUACAGCACCACCCACCAAUGCCACACCCAGCACAUUACUGGCCAGUGCACAAUGAGCUUGCCUUCCAGCCUCCCCUAUCAAAUCAUCCAGCCCCUGACUACUGGUGUUCCAUUGCCUACUUUGAGAUGGACGUUCAGGUCGGUGAGAUGUUCAAAGUGCCCUCUUCUUGUCCCAUUGUGACAGUGGAUGGCUAUGUGGACCCCUCCGGAGGAGACAGGUUCUGUUUGGGCCAGCUGAGUAACGUUCAUCGCACUGAAGCCAUAGAGAGAGCUCGGCUUCACAUUGGUAAGGGAGUCCAGCUGGAGUGUAAGGGUGAGGGUGAUGUGUGGGUGCGCUGCCUUAGUGACCACGCAGUGUUUGUCCAGAGUUAUUACCUGGACAGAGAAGCAGGUCGAGCUCCAGGAGAUGCUGUUCACAAAAUCUACCCAAGUGCUUACAUCAAGGUGUUUGACCUUCGGCAGUGUCACAGACAGAUGCAGCAGCAGGCGGCCACAGCUCAGGCAGCAGCAGCAGCUCAGGCAGCAGCUGUAGCUGGAAGUAUACCUGGUCCUGGAUCAGUCGGAGGCAUAGCUCCAGCUAUAAGUCUGUCAGCAGCAGCAGGUAUUGGUGUGGACGACCUACGCAGGCUGUGUAUCCUCAGGAUGAGUUUUGUGAAGGGCUGGGGGCCUGACUACCCUCGACAGAGCAUCAAGGAGACCCCCUGCUGGAUCGAGAUCCACCUGCACCGAGCCCUGCAGUUACUGGAUGAGGUUCUUCACACCAUGCCUAUAGCAGACUCACAGCCACUGGACUGAGUUAUUUUAGAAUCGCGGAAUAAAGCAGGAAAAGAUCGGCUCACUCUGUUAAGAGUUUUUGGUGGAGAAGCUAUUGAUGCUGUGUCACUUCCAGAUAACGACCUGCUAUUAACGUAGGACGUUUACACACCUCUCUCUCGCAGCAGCAACAACAAAUAUACAACUUAAGUGUUUGUUACCCCCAUCUCACAACAAAUAUUUUUUUAAUCUAAAUUUCUCAAGGUUAACCAAGGAGACGGAUACAAAAGAAUUACCGUAAAAUACAGUGAUUAUGAUAGGGUACAGCGACAUCACACGGCUGGUCGUCGUCUUAAGAGAAGACAACAGUGACAUUUAAGAAACUACAGGAAAUUCCAGCAGCUAAUGGAAAAUUGACAUGUCAGAAAAGACUGUGUCCCUUACCAGUCUGGACAAUGUGUUGCCGAACAGUUGUCUUUUAUAGAGUAAAGGGCGGUCCAGGCAUGGCUUAAGUUUGCUGCAGGUCUACCAGGAACGUGGUAGGAAAAUGUGUCACAGCUUGAACAUUUCCAUUUCUUUAAUUCUUAAGUUUUGCACCAAAGCACCUUCACUUAAAGAACACCAUGUCCACUGUGAGGCCUGGUGAUGGCAGUGUCUGUCUUUGUGGAGUGGCUCAAACAGCCAGUCACGAGGUUUGAAAUGUACAGAAGGUAGUUGUACCCAAGGAUAACAAAGUUGAGAGUGUAAACUCAACAUCUGGACAUCUGCUUUAAAGCAGAGACAGUUCAGGAGAACCACCAGGUUCAGAAACACUAAAGCCAUGUAUUAUAAUGUGUCAACCAUGACCAGAACAUUGUUACCUGUCACUGCUGACAUGCAGCAUCACAGGAGCCACACAGUGGGCUGUGAACACUGACGACUCAGUGUUGCACUUCACACUUCACCAGCAGCUGCUGCCACUGACGGGCAUGAGACUGAGGUAAACCCUGAGGUGAACUGCUUUACAGAUAUUGGCUUUGAAUUUGACUAGUCAGUAUUUUUAGUUUUUUAGUAUUUUUUCCCAUGUCGUCGUCUUUACUCACCUCUCAGAACCCCUGCUGUGGUGUGUAAUGACAUGCAGCCCAGUUACAUUAUUUCACACAUGGCUUUUUAUAGCCAACUUACUAAGGAAUUUAAAAAGUAGCAAUCAUUGAUGUUGAUAUAUUUUCCUUUCACUUAUUUUUUUUAAAUUUCCGUCACCUUUGUUUUGUAGCACUAUACUUUUUUUUUUAAUGAAAUAACUUGUUUUUGUUUUUUUUUUCGUAGUUACAAAAAACACCAUUAAGCAAUGUUUCAGAGAUAUUCAUAUAAAAUAAAGAUUUCUCUGCUGCUUCAUUAUAUUAGCAGCCAGUCUCAGCUGAUAAUUGUUUAAAUUUCUGGUUACAUCCUGAACAGGUCAAAGGUUGUUUGACUCCAAAAGUGAAGUCACUAUUUUCCAUGCUUAUAGUCAUCUGAGAGUCUUUGUUCAUAAGAGAAUGCAACAUUUGUUUUUGACCUUAGAGUAGGGGCAGUAAAUAGACUCAAUUAUAUUGAAGUUUUCAAGCCUUACCUUAUUUAACAGAAUGGUGAUAACGGUGCAGAUAUAUGCUCAGAAUAUCUGCUAUGUGCUAUGUAAUAUUGACCUUUUUCCAACAGGACAAAGCUCAGCAAGUUUGUGCAGUCAUGAAAAAUGGAAAAACAAAGAGAACAGCUGAGCAGAAUAAAGAUAAAACCCACAAUGUUUAACACAAAUUAUUUUAACCCUUGUGCGAUCCUUUGCAUUUUUGUACACACCGUUUGUCCUUGCAAUGAUUUUCAUCUUGUCCCAGAAUAUGAGUAUUAAUAAAUAUGAGGAAAAGUUGGCACAAGUCAUGCAGUGCAGGAGCAUGCAAACACACACACACACACACACACAAAGACAUAUUGGGUGUAGGUGACCCAGGGGACACCUAGACCUGAAGAACCUUACAAGGGUUAAGGAGCCAUUUUAUAUUGCAUUACACUGGUAAUAAUAUUAAGACUCAAAAAAGGUUUAAAAAAAAAAAACGUUUGCUUUCUCAUUUAACCAACUGUUGAAUGUACGCUGCGGGAAAACAAUGUAAAUAUAAGAUGUGAAUUGAAUAUGUAUAAUUUGUACCCAUUUCGUCAACCAAUAUUUUAAUAAUUAGUAUUUUAUCAAUCCAUUUUUGGGGAAGUCUCUUUUUGUUGCAUUAAUAUUGGUUACUCAAGUUGGUGCACAAACAUCUACUCCAUUAAUAAUAAUAAUGCAAUCAAAUCAGCCUGUGAGAAUCCAACCAUAAGCAGCCUAUGUGAUGGAUAGUUAAGGAGUCGUUUGUCUGUGCUGAUGUUAAAGCAGGGGUAGGUAAUGCCCACACACCUGUAGAUCUGUCUGUCCUCCAUAUAAGUAACAAUUUGUCACACAGCAUUUUUAACAUGGGUUUUUACAACUGACCUUUACACAAGGGUUUCGUGUGACAGAGGCCCACAGCUGUGGGUCUAAUUUAAUUUGUUUAAUAUUAUCUUGUAACUUUUUGUCAUUUUAUAUCAGGAAAACCUCAGCCUCAACCACAGAACAGGACAUUGUUUUUGUUUCACUGUCAGUCCAUUUUUAAACCAUGGUUAACAUCAGUUAUUCAAAGCAUUCACAUUUAUGCAUCUGGUCAAUCAGGUGGUUAGAAAGGCCUUCACGUUACUGAAAGAAAAGGUUGCUGGCUAAAAGUGUGAGUGUAUAUAAUACUUGUAACAGAAUAAACUAUUAUUUCAAAAACUUCUGUAAAUAAAUUGUACUCUCUAAGCUGCAGGCAUUUUAAGGCAACAGUGCUGCAUGAUUAUUAAAGUAGAAAUAAUUUUAAUUGACACACAUGGCCCUUGCUUUUUUACCUAAUCAAAUCUAGCUAAAUACAAAAAAAAUCAUUUAUUAUGGAUAUUAAACACAUUAUUGCAGCAAAUGGCAACUUUUGGUGGUGUUAAUGUUGCUGGGAAAAACAUAUGAACCACAGGAGGCUUGGAUGGCUUUAAAUGAAAGUCUUUACUAAGGAACUUUAGUAUCAGAAAAAUAAAACUCUUAAAUUCUCUUUACAGCAAAUAUAUAAUAUCAGUGCUUUGGCCACAAUAACUUAAAAGGCCAUUAUAAAAUAUAGUCUGCUCUUAAACUCCUGACUCAAUUUGAAGAAUUUAUAUGCCAUAAGACCCCCACCCCAUAUAUACAAAACAAAAGUGUAGUAAAAUUA